AUGAACAAGGCCAGGCAAUUGUUUACAGCAGAUGUGACUCCUUCAGGCUCUAACUUCACCUACGUGUGUGAUCCUACAAGGGCUUCUGCUCUGGGACUUGAAAUUGCAACCUAUCCAUUUUGUGACACCUCUAUUCCCUAUAGUGCAAGAGCAAAGGAUUUAGUGAGCCGAAUGACACUCGAGGAGAAGGUGCAGCAGAUACGAAAUACUGCAGGAAGAGUGCCUAGACUGGGGCUACCUUUUUAUGAAUGGUGGAAUGAAGGACUCCAUGGCGUAGCCAAUACCGAUCCGGGAACGAUCUUUGAUGAUCUAAGAAUUUCAACAGAAGCAAGAGCAAUAUACAACUUAGGACGUGGUGGAUUAACAUACUGGAAUCCAAAUAUGAACGUGGUAAGAGAUCCUAGAUGGGGCAAAGCCAUGGAGACUCCAGGGGAAGAUCCUUUUAUUGCAACAACGUAUGCAGUUAAUUAUGUGAGAGGACUACAGGAUUUUGAGGGAACAAGAAAGCACAAAGAUUUGGAUUCGGCGCCUCUCAAAAUUUCUGCAUGUUGCAAGCAUUAUGUAGCCUAUGAUCUCAAAAACUGGCAAGGAAACGAGCGCUACAGAUACGAUGCUAAGGUGACAGAGCAAGAUAUGGCAGAGACAUACGUUGGGCCCUUUGAAACGUGUGUUAAAGAUGGUUUUGCUAGCAGUCUUAUGUGCUCCUAUAACGCCAUCAAUGGCAUACCUACAUGUGCCGAUCCAAAACUCUUAAAUCAAACCGUCAGGGGACAAUGGAACUUUCAAGGGUAUAUCGUAUCAGAUUGUGAUGCUGUAAAAGACAUCGCAGUUAACGAUAAAUAUAUCGGUGACACGUCUGAGGAUGCAAUAGGAACUGAUUUGAACUGUGGAGAUUACUACCCGAAGUACGCAGUAAAUGAAGUGAAGCAAGGAAAGGUGAAGGUUGAAGAUAUAGACAGCAACAUCGAGUUGGCCGCAGAAGCUGCAAGACAAGGAAUAGUCCUACUGAAGAAUGAUAAUGGAAGUUUUCCUUUCAGCUCAGCUAAUAUAAAAAAUCUAGCUGUGAUCGGACCACAUGCUAAUGCUACCUACAAUAUGCUUGGAAAUUAUGCAUUUGAUGCCUGGCGUCCUUCAGGAAGACCAUGCCGCUUCACUACUCCUAUUGAUGGAUUAUCAGCGUAUGCAACUGUGAGUCAUGCAGCAGCCCUUGAUACCGCAAAAACUGCUGAUGCCACUGUUUUGGCUAUAGGGUUAAACGCAUCGAUCGAGACUGAAACUACUGACAGAGUGGAUCUCCUCCUUCCUGCACCCCAAAUCGAGCUUAUUAAGCGAGUUACCGGAGUCUCCAAAGGCCCAGUUAUCAUUGUACUUUACUGUUCUGGAAGUGUUGACAUCGAUUUUGUUUAUGAUGUCCCUCAAAUUAAAGCCAUCCUAUGGGCCGGAUAUCCUGGAGAAGAAGGUGGUCGUGCCAUUGCAGACAUUAUUUUUGGCCAAUAUAAUCUCGUCGGCAAGUUUCCAGGACGAACAUAUAGAUUCUUCGAUGGACCCACAGUUUUCCCCUUCGGCUAUGGCCUGAGUUACACAAGAUUCACCUACAAGCUAACAUCCUCCAUCAAUUCAGUCUCCGUAAGGUUUGAUAAAUCUACCAAGUGCCGCGACAUCGAAUACAGUAACAAGGGGACCAAGCCUGAAUGUCCUGGAGUUUUAACAGAAGAGUUGAAAUGUAAAGAACAUUUCCGAUUUGAAAUUUUAGUCCAUAAUGUUGGUAGCAGAGAUGGGUCUGAAACAGUGUUGGUCUACUCCAAACCCCAACAAGGUUUCAUCGGAACUCAUUUGAAGCGGGUGAUUGGAUUUCAAAAAGUUUUUGUACCCAUUGGCAGUAGCCGAAAGGUGAAGUUUGUGCUGAAUGCUUGCAAGAGUUUAGCCAUCGUAAACUAUGCUGCGUAUACUCUUUUACCAUCCGGUAGCCACUCUAUCGCAGUUGGAGAUGGAGAUGGCGCAGUUACGUUUCCUGUUCGAGUCACCUUGGGUAGCAAUAACAGUUUUAGUAUUGGUCAAGACACGGUGAAGAAAAAUUAG